AUGGACGAAUUACUGCCACAUAUUCUAUUAACUCGCGAUGCUGACGAUGGAGUAUCGCGGGGACAACGUGCACUGGUGGUGACAGCCGUGCUAACUGCCAUUUCUAUUCUCAUCGUUGGUAUGCGGAUGUAUGCUAGAAUCGGCUUGCUGAAGAUGAUCGGUCGCGAAGAUUACACAAUUCUAUUUUCUCUGACACCAGAGGUACAUUUUGGCCUCGGCGAGCAUAAUUCCGCCAUAUCUGAAGAAAUGUUAAAACAACAAUUGAAGCGACUUUGGGCGGCCAUUCCUAUGUACAAUGCCAGUCUCGCAUUCACCAAAUUCUCGAUCCUCUUCCAAUAUCUCCGCAUCUUCCCUGACCGUCGAUUCCGUAUUGCUUGCUGGGUCAUGAUGGGCAUUGUCGCGUGUUACGGGACCUGGGCUGUUGUGAGUGGCUAUGUAAACUGCGUUCCCGUGGCCAAGUUCUGGGAUCGAACGAUGCCUGGCUCGUGUCUGAGCUUUGAGGGUGUUUGGUUCUUCAAUGCUUCAAUGAAUAUCGUCACCGACCUCACGCUCCUUAUCAUGCCCAUGCCUCUUCUCUCUCAACUACAGCUCCCGCGCCUACAGAAAUUUGCGCUCAUGGGUGUUUUCGCCAUCGGUGGACUGUUAGUCUCUCCCUCUAGCAAUUGUAUAUCAAUGAUGAUGCUAAUUGCAAGCAGGGUCGUCGUAACUAGCAUCCUGCGACUUUCGAGUCUCCGCACGGUCGCGAACGAUCCCGACACAUCCUACAGCAACGUGGGCGCCGCGUACUGGACCGCUGCGGAGUGCAAUGUGGCCAUCAUCUGCGCCUGUCUUCCCUUCCUGCGGCCGAUUGUCAGCUGCCUGUUCCCCAAGCUCCUGUCGACUCACAGCUACAACCGCUACACCCGGAAUCCCACCGCUACUGCUACUACUCGGUCCCGAGCAACUCGGAUGCAUUUGCCGUCACAAUAUGACGAUUUCGGCAUGUGCACGAUCGAUAUCGAGCACGGCGAAAGGAAGCCUGACGCCUUCAAGGGCAUCGAAGUGACCACGGAGAUGUACCAAGAAACCUCCAAAUACGACGAAUCAACCAGUCAACGAAGACUCGUCAUGGAAUCAUGA